CAAGAAUACAAAGAAUUAAUAUCUCAGUUUCAUUAUUAUGAAGCUAAAAAAAAACCCUUCGAUUUACUUUAUGUUCGAGACCUUGAUACUUCAAUGUUAUGGUGGGGAUCCAUUAAAAACCAGCCACGUCAUCUUUCAGAACUUGCACAGAAACUCUUUA